UAAUGGCAUUCAAUCAGAACAUGUACCACUUUUCUCUGACACUUUUUGAAAUCCCAGGACGCCUUGAUUAUCUAAAACCAAUUAGUACCCGUUUCCAGAAAAUCAACAUAUUCUCUCCUGUUUGCAACACUUUAUUUUACGACUGACUCAAGAAAUAAUAAUAGUAAUAAUGUCAGAUCAAGAACAAAUUAUAAAUGAUUUUCUUAGAAAAUAUAAACGUAGUGGUUUAGUUGCUCCCUUUAAGAAGUUUGUUGCAGAACAUUUUGUUCACCUCAAUAUAUCUAAUUUCUCUAAUGACGAGAGGCAAACCUUAAAAAGAGACUUCAAAAGAAUAGCAAGUGAGCUUGUUAUAAAUACUGAUAUGAUGGAUGUAGUUUGGUGCGAGGAUGAAGAAGCUUACAGAGAUCGAGAUAAAGAAGAAGUAAAAGACAAUGAAAAGGAGAAGAAUAGCAAGAAAAUUGAUGAGAAGGAAGAAGAAACACCUAGUGACAUGACAGUUAAUUCAAAAAAAUCUAAUAAUACAAGCAGUCUUAGUUAUCAGAAGAAGAUUUCCAAAGAAGAGAAACUUGCCGUGCUAAAAUACUACGCGUCUUUGAAAGCAGAAGACAAGUGGCUCCUAAAAAGUGGAGCUACAGUCGAAGAUAAGAUGGCGCAGCUAGUAUCAGAAUGCCAGUUCGAACAUCCUUGUCAUCAUCUCAUCUUAGAUACCAGUGAUGCCCACUAUGACAAUAUAUUUACAAAUGAUGAAUUGGAUGAAAUAGAAAGCAAUGAUAGUGAAAAAUACUUCGGCCCACUGCCUAAACGCCUUCAAAACAUCUUUGACAAAAUAAUCAAUUUGAAGGAAGCAAAGAAGAUAUUUGAAGAACUGAACAAAAUCGACGCCAGCCCCUUUGAUGAUUAUGAUGUUUUCUGGCUGAAAAAUAGCCUUAUACAAGCUUUACUUCUCUACAAGAAUGGAAAGCUAAACAUUAACACCAAUCACACCGAAGAAGACAUCAAGCGUAUGCUUUGGGAGGUUAUCCCUAAAAUGUUUGCUUACACCGACAUUGAUGUGACUUCAAGCUCAAGUUCGUCAUGUUCAAGCCAAAGGAAUCAAAAAAGAGCAAUCUCUGGUGUCAAGGCAAUGCAAAAACAAGAAGCUGCAUUGGCAGGUGACAUGAACUUCCUUUUUGGAACCAUCGAGCUUGGAACAACAGAAGCAGCAAGAUACGACAAGGGCUCAAAUAGCACAAAAGAGUUGAUUGAGACAGCAUAUAAGAUGCCUCUGAUGCUCAAGUAUCAAUUUAAUCAACUGAUGGCUGAAAAGCCAGCCUUAAAAAGAAGCAUAACGACUGUUGCCUUGAGCUUGCCUCGUAAGACAACACAGUACUUUAAUUGAUGGGUACUGAUAUUCUUUUACCACUAUAUAUAUGUAGGUUUGCAUUGUCAAGCAAUAUUUGUUGACUGUUGCCGUGGUUCCGUUUUUCGUGUCGUGAAAACUGUACGUUACAAGUUUCCCGAACAUAUUGAAAACUUUGGAGCAGAAAUGCUGCCAAUUAUAAGUUUGGUAUAUAAUUUGAAGCAGACAUUGUUGAAUGAUGUUCAGCUCAUCAAAAAUAGUAAUGUGCC